UUCAACCCGACCAGACUACAGACAACCGGAUGACAAGAUUCACAAUUAUGCCACUGGGAGAAACGAAAAGUUUUAUGGAGAAUCUCUCCCACCUGUAGAGUGUAGUUCUGUACCUUCUCAUAGAGAUAACGAAUCAGUUUUGAAUAGUUUUGGAGCCAAAUCGAGAAAGUGAAAACCAAUUGUUGAUGAACACAAAAGAGAAUAGAGUGGUGAGAAUGGAGAAUCCUUUUAAUUUGAAAGUGGGUCAAGUAUUCACUGGCUUUGGAAUUGGCUGUGGCAUUGGCAUCGGCGUUGGUCGCCCUUUAAAUUUAGGUGCGAUACCAGUUCUGAACCAAAUAAUGGUUGCCACUCGGGGCGCAACAGAUGCUUUUUCUGAUGUUGGAAGGCAUGUCAAUAAUUCUUUGAGGAAAGUGGGUGCAAAGAACCUUGAAGCAGGCAUUGGUUGCGGAGUGGGUUUUGGCCAUGGCUUUGGAGUUGGCCUUGCAGUGAAGCCUGGUGUAGUGCACAAGAUGCAGUCGAAUCUUUUACAAGCAGUUACACACGUGAUGAUGAAACUUGGAAUAUCUCCCGGCCUGUUUGUUGAUCAAGGCAUUCUCCCAGCUUCCUUACGAAGUGGCAUAAACAUGGUAAAGGAACCCUCACAUGAUAAUCCAAUUGGAAGUAUGGGCCAGUUGGUAAAAUCAAUACCCAAUAGUACGGAACAAGGCAAUAUUGGGCAGAGAAGUACAAAUGAGAAUUCUUCCGUGGAAACUUUAGCACCUGAAACUGAUGCAGUCAACACUCAAUCUGCCAGUCGAGUAGAGAAGGUCAUCAGCAACUUUUUUGAGAAUCCACUUUUGAAAGAGGAGAGGGGCAAAGUAAAUGAGAAAGCUGAGAAGUUGCAAUCACAGAACAACAUGCUUCAGAUGGUGUUAAAGCACCAACUACUCAUUGAGGAAUUGAUGCGAGAAAAUGAGAAGCUUUGCCAAAUAUUGAUUGAAGAGUUGAAAGUCCCACCAAGUAAGCUCCAAUCUAGCUUCUCAGGUAGCAAGUCCCCAUGUAGUGAAUGUUUUGUUUGUCGUAGAAAACAAAGGAAAAGGUGAAAGUUAGUCCUAUACUGCUUAUUUUUUUAUAAUCUGAUCCACAUAAUUUAACAGCAUUCAUUUUGACUUGAACUAGAAAUUGGUUCUGAGAGAAGAAGUUAGUUUGCGUUGUGACAUCCUAUUCAUCAACACAAGGUUUUCAUCUCUGAGAGCAAUUUAGGUUGCAAAUUUGCAUGAAAUACGUCUAUGUACCGUGAGGAGGUUGAGAAAUGUUCUUUUCUAUGUUUCUAACUAGAGUUCUUGAUUCCAAUUUUA